GUUGAUAUGCAUUGUCAAUAUUAAGAUAUUUAAUAUGCAUUGUCAAUAUUAAGAUUAUUUAAUAGAAAGUUACUAUUUAGUACGCGUAUCAAGUGCACGAUGUAAACCAGGCCAUUGUGCAAGGGCUCUAACUGUACUAUCGAUAUGACAGUUUUCCUAACUUUUACAUUAAUCAACUUUGUUGAUUAAUUUCUUGCUUCGCGGGGCAGAGCGACGCUUAUUUCUGCCAGAUUCUUAUUUUACGUGCAAAAACGCGUCGAUUGAGUAUAUUUUCGUUGAUAUUGGAGGUGAUGUGUGUAAACUGAAUAAUUACCAUAACUUGUAUUUUUUAACUUCAAAAAAAUCUGCUAAACUAUAAAAUUUAUAGUAAUUCAGAUAAUAUAAAGAAAUUUGUUUUUCGCAUAUACAUGUUUGAAUAAAUAGAUAGAAAUAAGGAGAUAAAUGAAGUAAACAUAUUACAUAUUGAAGUAAGUAUACUUCAUUUGCAGGUAUAUUAAGCUGUUCUGGCACAGUAAACAUUGUAAUUUCAGCAUCUCAUUUAUUUUUGAUAACUUAUUUAAUAAUUUGUAUAUAUUUUAAGAAACUCCUUCAUUCUAAUGUUACUACAGAGAUUAUUUCAUGUUGCGAAAAGCAGCAGAAUUUCACAGAAAGUUUUGCAUAAAACUAAUCAUUCGGUAUAUAAGGUGAACAAUAUAAGAGUUGUCAGAAGACUAACAUGGGUAACAGUGCCAUUUAUUUCAUUGAGAGUAUCAGGAUUUGGGAUAAAUACAGAUAAACAAGAUAACACUGCUGAAAUACAAAUUAUAGAGAGGGAAGCUCUUCUUAAUAAGGCAGAUGCACUCUUUGAUCAAGGGAAUUAUAAAGAAAUAUAUGAUAUUUUAUCAAAUCAUAAGGACAGUAAGGAUAUUGAGAUUUUAUGGCGUUUAUGUAGAGCUAUUUAUAAGAUAUCCAAAACAGCCAGUGAUGUGGAAGCACGGAAAUUGGUUUAUGAAGGAUACAACUUGAUAUGUAUUGCUCUUGACAUUCAAGAAGAUCACUAUGCUGUUCAUAAGUGGAUGGCUAUCUUCCUUGAUAGUAAAGGCACUCUUGAAGGCACAAAAGCACUUAUGAGUGAACUUCCAAACAUCAAACAACACUUAUUGAAAGCGUCGGUAUUAAACCCAGCGGAUGCAACGACAUUUUACAUGCUUGGAUGUUGGUGCUACGAGAUUUCAAAUUUAACAUGGUAUCAACGUAAAAUAGCUUCUGUCAUAUUUGGUGAACCGCCAACCUCCACUUUUGAAGAAGCAUUAAUGUAUUAUGAACAUGCUGAGAAAGUCGAUCCAAAUUUUUAUAGUCACAAUUUAUUAAUGUUAGGAAAAACAUAUCUGAAAUUGAAGUGUAACGAAGAUGCGAUAAAGUAUUUGCAAAAGGUCAUCGAAUUUCCUGCAGGAAAUGAUGACGAUCAGAAAGCAAAACAGGAAGCACAAAAAAUAUUGAAUAAUAUUCGUUUAUAAGACAAAUGAUUUUAUAAUAUAUUUUCAUAUUAUUAUAUAUCUUUUAUAUUAUUAUAUAUCUUUUAUAUAUAUAUAUAUAUAUAUAUAUAUA